CAAUGAUUUUGUAUAAAUAAAAAUAUAAUAUAGCAGCUGUAUAAAAUCUGUCAGUGAUUUUUAAAAAUGCAAGAAAAUAAAUUAAGAAAUCUUCAUUAUUUUGUAUCGCUUGAAUCAUAUAAUAACAUUUAUGUUAUUAAGAAUAUGAAUUUGUUAUAAAUUGUUUACACGAUUGUUGGAUUCACACUUCAGACACUAAUUUAUCCAACUAUUGUGAAAGAUGUUAAUCUUAAUAAAAAGGCAUAAAAGUAUGAUACUUGUCAGUAUUUUCUUCUUUUAUAUUGGUUGUGGAUUAACUCUUAGCUUCUUGAGAUUAGAUUGUGUUGAUGUAGUACCUAUUAGUACAGAGGGCGAACUCGCUAAACCAGGCGAUAUAGAAUAUGCUGUACUAGUUUUAACAGGUCCUGAAAAUGAAGAAAGACGUAAUGUUAUACGAUCAACAUGGGCAAAAUUUGCUGAGAAUAUAUUCAUCGAAAAUGGUGAAACACUUUACAAAUGGAAUCAUACAUGGAUUGGCGAGACUAAAAAGCAACCCCUUAUUAAAGUCUUCUUUGCAGUAGGAAUUGAUGGUUUGCAGGCAGAUAAAUUGCAUAAAUUGAAAUUGGAAAUGCACAGAAAUGAUGAUCUCAUACUUUUAGAUUUAUAUGAUAGUUACAGGAUGUUAUCAACCAAAGUUCUUUAUUCAAUGAAAUGGUUUAAUGAUCAUUUAAAGGGCCUGAAAUAUUUAGUCAAAUGUGAUGAUGAUUCCUUUGUGAGAAUUGAUUUGAUUGUGAAAGAUCUAGAGACGUUUGCUCCAGAAAUGAAUGGCCAGCCAUUGAAAGAAUAUGUUUCAUUUAAAACUGUCCUUCCAUCAUAUAAAGGUUUAUAUUGGGGUUAUUUUGAUGGAAGAGCAAAAACAUUGUCAAAAGGAAAAUGGAAAGAGAAAUCUUGGUUUUUAUGUGAUACAUACUUACCUUAUGCUUUAGGCGGAGGCUAUGUCAUAUCUAAAAGUAUAGUCAACUAUAUAGCUCAAAACUCAGAUUUUCUCAGCCUCUAUAACUCUGAAGAUGUUUCUAUGGGAGUUUGGACAGCUGCGCUUGAUGGUAUUAAUAGAGUUCACGACUUAAGGUUUGACUCUGAAUGGAAAUCCAGAGGUUGCAGUGAAAACAUGCUAGUGAGACACAAACAAACAUCCAGUGACAUGUUUCAAAUGUAUAAAUCACUAGUUAAUUCGCAUGGGGAGAAAUUAUGCAAGACUGAAAUUCUAAACAGACAAUCUUAUAUUUAUAAUUGGAACGUACUUCCUAGUAAAUGUUGUAGAUAAUUUUUUUUAUUCUAGUCACUAUUUAUAUUCAGAUACACAUAUAAAUUAAAACAUUAUUGAAAUAAUGUAAAUUUUAAUUUAUAAACAAUUUAACACAAUAUAAAAAUUUCGACAUUUAAACACUUAUGGAUGAUCCAAAGCGAUUCAAUAAAAAACGAGAUACAAAAUAUUUUGAAAAAUUCACUGCAAACAUAAAAAAUAAACAAAAUUAUAAGAUUAUACAAAACACUCCUAAGACCUUUUGGCGCCAGUCUAGUAUCACAUUUAUUACAGGAAUAGUAAUUUUAUUCUAAUUGUGAGGUUUUACAUUAAUGUCCAUGUACGUCUGAUUAUUGUAAAAUGUCGUCCUGGAUAAUUCUUCCCUAAAAUAGUCAAUUGUUCUCUGAAGUCCGUCUUUUAGAGUUACCUGUAAACAAAUUUAAUAGUUUUUUUUUAAUAUUUACAAAUUCUUAUUACUUAAGAUCAAAUCCAUUUU